AUGGAGAAUUCCUACGGUGUGGGUAUCGAUAAUAGAUAUGCUCUUUUCUUGGACGACGAGUCCGAUCCUCUUGAUGCGUUAAAAGCGCGAGAGCAAGCGAAAGAGCAGAAAAAGAAGACCAAAGAGGCCGAGAAAGAAAAUAAGGGCAAACCUGAAGCCAAGCCGAAGAGCGGCAACGCCGUCGUGAGGAAAGGUAUUAAGGAAACUCAAAAUGUGAAGCCCCAAGACAACAAAAGCGGCGAACAACAAAAGAGUAAGGGUCCGGCGCGAAGCAACGACCGCAAUGCGGAACGUCCGCCACCACGCCGCAAGGAUGAUCGCCCGCAGAAUGGCGCCGUCGAAGGCAAGGAGGGCGCCAGGCCCCCUCGUCGCGAGUUCGGAGAUCGCAAACCUAACUUUGAAAGGCGCAAUUUCAACGACAACUCUGAGGGCGGCGAACGGCGAGGCCCGCGGCCACCACGUGAACCCCGCGAGGGUCAGCGCGGUCCGAGGCCGGGAUUCGACAACAGGGGAAAGCGUGAGUUCGACAGGCGGUCGGGAUCCGACAAGACCGGCGUGAAGCCUGUAGACAAGCGCGAAGGUGGUGGCCCCCACAACUGGGGAACGAUCAAAGAUGAUUUGGAGGAGUUGAACAAGACCGGUUCGGACGCCGACGUCGGUGAAGAGAAGCCGGCGGAGGCACCGGCCGCCGGGGCCGGAGACGGACAGCAGCCAGAGGCGGAGCGCACGGUCCCUGCUGAGGAGGAGCCGCGGGAGCUCACCUUGGACGAGUACAAGGCGCUCAGGAACGCUCAGCGCACUGCCCCGCAGUACAAUUUGCGCAAGGCCGGAGAGGGCGAGGAUCUAAGUCAAUGGAAAAACUUGGUGAUGCUCGAGAAGAAGAAAGAGGGCGGCGAAGACGACGAGAGUGACGAGGAGUACGACAUAUCUGACUAUCCGCAACGCGUGGGCCGUCAGAAGCACGUGCUCGGCAUCGAGUUCACGUUCAGCGAUGGCGCGCGGCGUGGCGCCCCCGGAGGGCGAGGCCGCGGCCGUGGGCGCGGAAGGGGAGGCCGCGGAGCCCCCAGGGAUGAACCGGCACCGGAGGAGCCCCGUCCCAUGGGGCGCUCCCAGGUUGCUCCCCCCAAGGUUGACGACAGCAAGGAUUUCCCCUCUCUCAGCUAG